ACAAAACAAACAAAACAUUAUUUGGACUUUGAACAGAAACAGAACAGGGAAGGAAAUGGAUUUGGAGUCAGUGAAGAAAUACUUGGAGAGAGAUGGAAGCCGAAACGCAACAACAAUCGAUGAAAUGCCCUCUAAAUUCUUCGAGCCCUUCGUCAUGCAAGGCCUCUCUAUCGAUCUCCUCGAACCAGGCCGACUCAUCUGCUCCAUGAUAGUCCCUCCUCGUUUACUGAACACUGGGAAUUUCUUGCACGGCGGUGCCACGGCGACCCUGGUGGACAUAGUGGGUUCGGCUGUUAUUUACACAGUGGGUGCUCCCUUCACUGGCGUUUCUGUUGAGAUUAAUGUCUCCUACUUGGAUUCUGCUUAUGUUGGUGAGGAAAUCGAGAUAGAAAGCAAGGUUUUGCGUGUUGGAAAGGCUAUUGCUGUUGUCAGUGUUGAGCUGAGAAAGAAAAAGACCGGGAAAAUUAUUGCUCAAGGCCGCCAUACCAAGUACCUUGCUGUCUCCAGUAAAAUGUGAACCUCCUCCUCCAGUAGUUUUUAGCUACAUAAUUAUAUAUUUUUAAUUAUUUGGACCCAAUAAAGUAUUCUUCACCAUGUAUUCAACUAAAAGAAUCUGAUUUGUACGAAACAACCAAUGCAAAAUACAACUCCUUUGGUUUGGAGGUUUGAUGAGACUGACUCAGAUGAUGCCAUUUGAUAUGGAAUGAUUGCUGCAUAAAAGACCACGAAUUGGGAGUCACAAAACUACAGAUGGAGCAAUAUGAGUAAAACUGUUUCUUUUAUGGUAGGUUUUAUUGCCUGAUGUGUAUGGUUAAAAUGAUUUAUUUUAUUUGAUGUGUGUAUUUAGAAUUAUUGAUAAUAGUUUGGCAUCCAGAAUAAUGUUACAAACUUCAACCGUGCCAA